CGUGAACGAUUGGAGCCGAUAUAAAUGCUUCGUACAUAACGUUUUCGUACAUAACGUUACUGGUCUUUAAUUCAACCACGCCGUUCUCAUUGGUGACCUUUCAAAAGGGCGGCUCCCCGAGGCAUACUUACUUGCCUUUGGGAGGCUGUGUAGAGCUGACAUGCAGAAAUUCAUCGGCAUCUUCUUGCAAAAUUAAAUCUGGCUCACAUACCCAAUUUUUUUGAUGCCAGGAAGUGCUGCUCGUUCAUUUCUUCUUCAUAGCCAUUGCAUCGAAACAUUUUACUGUCAAGUAAAGAUCGAGUUUUGUGCAAACCAAUAAGUUACUGCACCGCUAAAUUCUGAUGGGCAGAGCCUCAGCGCACCUUAUUCUAGGGAGAUUAUUCACCUGAGAACAUCAAAACCAUAGUCAAAAUGACUACACCUGGAGCUGUACCUUAUGUCAAAACAAAAUCUGAGGACCUGUGGAAUGAGGCUCUCAAACAAGUCCAGUUCACAAAUACUUCAGCACUCGUCGCUGCGGGCCUAGAAAGGCGACAAAUUUUGGUAGAAAUUUUGGAUUUGGUGCAAAAGCAGGAACUCAAGGCUCAAGAAAGGAAAUGGAAGUGGAAAAAGAAAAAUGGUCAAGUGAUCAUUAUUCGCGACAUCUUUGUUAAGCUUGCAAUUUGGAUAGAAAAGUUCAAGUCUAUUGGGCAUAUUGUUGUGCAAUAUGAUCCAAUCCACGCGAGUCUACCAUGGGCUCUUGUCAGAUUUCUAUUGCAGGCUGCUGUUAACGACAUCCACUCUAAUGGUGCUAUCCUUGAAGGCAUGGAGAUUGUUGUCAAUCUUCUAGCGCGGUAUGAGAUCGUGGAGCAUCUCCAUCUACAGAAAGUAUCCCGCUCCACGGCUCUUCUUGCCGAUGCAAUUGUUAAGCUAUAUACUGCCAUUUUGGACUACCUUUUCCAAGCGCAUGCAUACUUCGAACCUCAUAUCCUGAAAAAAAUUGCGCAUAGCUUCUUUCGUCCAGAAGAAACAACACAUAAAUUCAUAUCGAGCAUCAAGCAAAAUGAACUAGAAGUUGAGAAAUAUACGCGCCUCGUCUCUGAUGAGGUCCUUGGUAAGAUUGACAGAAACAUGGACGCCCUCACACAAUCUAUGGAUGUAUGCCAUACAUCAAUACAGAGCCUUCAGAAAGGGGUUUCAUCAACGAAGCUGUUGGGAAGUGACUUGGGACAACGUCUUGGACAAUUGCAAAAGCUCACACAGACCAUUCAACAAGACGUGUCAUCUGCAGAACUCAGGUGGAACAAAAUCGAACACGAUCUGGUCAAAGCCUUGAACGAUCUCAAGGAUCCAGUGCAGCGCAUUGCUGAAGAUCUAUCUAGUGUACAAGAUAAUCUCAAGGAAAAGGAGCGAGUAAAGGUUUUUGAGUGGCUUACAAUGAUACCAAGCUCUAGCCACCACCGGGAAAAAUUGCGGAGCUUAUUAUCUGGUUCUUGCAAUUGGCUGUUGAGAAAGAAGGAAUUCAAAGAAUGGAUAGAGGCUAGCACGUCCUCCAUCUUGUGGCUACACGGAAUACCUGGCAGUGGGAAGAGCAUGCUUGUUUGCCAUGUCAUCGAAUACCUCAGAAAUCGAGCCCAACAGCAUCUCGGUUCUGCACCUGUUGCAUACUUCUAUUGUGCUCGGACCAUUAAUGAACCUGAAAGGGCUGAUCCAACAGAAGUACUGAGAAACAUAUUAGAGCAGUUAUGCUCUUUAGAUGCGGAGACACCAAUAAGAGAACCCGUGUCGAAAAAAUACCUUGCUCGAAAGAAGGAAGCCCGAGGACGAACACCAGAGAAGCUCAACCUCGAAGAAACGAUUGAAACUAUUCUGGAAUUAUUAGAAUCUAAUCCUGCAACCAUAGUCAUUGAUGGACUUGAUGAAUGUGAUUCAGUUAAGAGAAACGAUUUGCUUCUCGGCCUGCAAAAAAUCAUCACAAAUUCCAACAACAUCGUCAAAGUCUUUGUCAGCAGCAGAGAUGACCAUGAUCUCGUUCACCAUCUAGCUCGUUCCCCGAACCUAUACAUUCAUGCGACUGACAAUACUGGGGAUAUCACAAUGUUCAUUAAAUCGCGUAUUAAAGAGGCAAUUCGAGAGGAUAAGCUUCUCUGCGGGCAUGUCUCAGGUCGCUUGAAGAAAAUUAUCAUUGGCAAGUUGAUAGAGAAAGCUAACGGUAUGUUUCGACUUGCAAGUAUGCACAUUGACAGCCUUUGUGAUCCAUCUCGGGUUAUAACGGAAGCAAACGUGCAUAAUGUACUCGAACGCCUACCGCAAGAAUUGGGAAAGUCAUAUGAUGUGGUAAUGUCGCAGAUCAUGCAAUCUGAAUAUCCUAAUCCUCUGUUAGCGUCAGGUACAUUGAAAUGGCUUCUUUGCUCCCGCCGGGCUCUGAGCUCUAGAACCCUCCCGCAAGCAAUAUGUGUGAAUAACGCAGGCCACCCACUACUAUCAAAUGACGAAAUCUUGAGCAUCUGCUUUAAUUUGGUAGUUUACAAUAAAGAGAUGGAUAAGUUUCAGUUUGCUCAUUUAUCGGUGCGGGAAUAUCUCGAGUCCCAGCCUGGAUACUCGGCUGAAGAUACAAAUUUGAUGGCCGCUGAAGCAUGUUUAACUUGUAUUUUGUCAAAAUCACAAGGCCGACAUGAUUUUAGGAUACACGCAAAAGUUUCUUGGGGUAAUUAUACGAAAUUGACCCCUAGUGCGAGACGCGAGGGUGCUUUGGGAGAGUUACUCGCAGAAUUUCUAGUUUCUCCUUUUGAAUCAAGAAUUAUUCUGCCCGCUAGGACUAGGCUUAAGGAUUACCUGCUGGUAUAUGAAAGUCUUUUGCGCCCCUCGUGGAUCAUAGACCAAAGUAUGAAUUUAUUGAUUUGGACUGUUUUUCUGGCCUGUAAGCAUGAUCUCAGUGAAAUUAUCAGUCGGCUUCUUCCUCAUGCCGAUUGCGAAUAUUUAUUCACCCAGAAAAGCCGGAUGGGUCUCAAUUCUGUCCAAACUUCAGCAUAUUUUGAUAGCCCGGUGACUAUCAAUCUACUACACAAAACAACAGCGUCUCUACUGCCAAAAGAGCUCAACCCUAAUUUGUAUUGGAAUUCUGCAUAUUAUAUUGCAUCCUACAAUGGGAGCAGGCGGGCAGCCCAAAUGAUAUCAGAGAUCCGAACGAAGGAAAAGAAUUUGUGCACGCAGUCUAGAAAGUACUGUGUCAAAUAUAUCGUCAACCACUCGGUCAACGCAAGUUUACUUUCCUCCCAAUGCUCCCCUGAGACUCACACCCGAGAAGUGAUGCGACCCACGUCGCUACUCAUGCUUCAGAACAACGACGCCGACAUUGUAUCAACGCUAUUUAAAUCCUUCGAUUAGUGCAUCGGAUUAUGUAAUGAAUGCACCUUUUCGAUUCUGAGGCCCCUCGAUAUGGUGAGCUUGAAUGUUGCGAACGCUUUUGCCAUUUUUAACACUAUCGAAAAUGAUGCACCGCCUACAGAACAAUACAAAAUUGGUGCUAUGGCUAAGACCAUUUCUGAUUUAAUGAAGAGUGGCAGCAAAAAUAGUAAAACUAUUUCUAGAGGUAGUGAGGGCUCUUGGGUGAUAUCGAUUAUCACAGCAUCCGCAAUGAUUUUGGGGCAUGAAUCUUAUAAUACGGAUAUAUUCAUGUAUUAUUUGUCAGAGGCAUUUUUAUACAUGUCCACGGGAAACGUAUUUGCCUAUUUCCCGUAUUCAUAUUAUCUUGAACGGUUUAACAGGCUGAUCCAAGCUCGAGAUAUCUUGAAUGAGCAGAAAAUGAUCAAUUGGAAGACACUUAUGCUGAGUCGACGUGUAGAUCAUGGCCGAGAUGCCCUUCUAAUAUUACUCAAAGCGCGCACGGAAAUAGCUCCAAAGGUAAUCAACCUUGCAUUAUCCACCUGGAAUGGAGAGAUGGUAAAGGCGUUAUUAGAGUACAAUUUGGUUAAGAUUGGCAACGAAGUGAUUCGGUUCGUGGCGGGUAACUUAAAGUAUGGAAAGGAGAUAAUGGAGAUGUUAUUAGCUCAAGAUAUGGAAAGAGAAAUGUCAGAAGCCGUGCCUGAAACUGCACUCAAAAAAUUGCUUGAAAGCGAGUGCAUAUAUACCUCGAAGGGAAAAGUUUAGUUAGUCACAAGCAAGUGAUAAACAAGCCAAAUUGACUGCACCUACGAAGAAAUCAGGAACUUCAUUUUCUUUCGCACUUAAACCGGAGCGCGAUUAGAAAAAUGAAUCUGUAUCCUUUUGGUCGGUAGCAGGCCGAAUUGCAUUCCAUUCCAGACUUCGGAUAUUCUUAUUUUUGAGCGUGGGGCAAAUCAUGGAUACGCGAGAGGAACAGGGGAGCAGAGUUUGAUACAAUCUGUGAUUAUUCAGUAAAUGACGAGAGAAAUAUGUAAACAUAAUUAUGCGCCGUUAU